CUUAAAGGAACCUCGUGUUGCGUGCUUUUCGGGCGGCAUCAAAACACAACAACAAACCAAAACCACCUUUUUUUAAACCUGAACCUGAAAACGUCUCCUGAGAUUGAGAGGCAUCGAAAUCUCUUGGGUUUGCGCCUUUGCGGCUGAUAAAUAUGGUUUCACUUUACAAAGAAAUCGUUUUUAAAAUAACCAGCGUCCAGCUGGAGGGCGACAACCCACACCUUCGAGGGUUUCUGAUGAAUCCAAAAGAGUUCGAUAACGAGCUAAAUAAAAUUUCUGAGGCGAUAGAAAGUCCGUCAAAGUCCGUGCCAGCUACACCUGUAUCUUUGGAGUCUGUAACCGCCAAAAGAAAGAAAAAGGAGAAGAAGGCUGAUGGCGAGGGCAUAAUGGCCCUGUCUCAGUUCCAGCAGUCCCUGAUGAUCCACUCGACGCCGAUUCCUGGAGUCACAGCAGACCUACUAAAAGGGAAGAAGCGUAAGGCGGGAAAAGAGGACGAGGUGUGGCAAAGUGAAAUACAAGACCUUGUAAAAUUGGCCCACAAGGAUCUAGAGCCACCAAAAAAGAGGAAGAAGAAGGUCCUAAAGCACCACAAAAGCAAGGAGGCUAAGCAGGUUGAAUCUUCGUCAGCUGACUCGGACGAGGCUCCCAAAUCUCCUAUCAAGGAGCCCAGUGCAUCAAAGGAACUGCUGAAAAUAAACGGAUGUGUAGGAAAUUCGUCUUCAGUGACACCUAAGAAAGAAAAGAAGAAGGAGAAGAAAUUGCUUGAAGAUUCGCUAAAGGACGACAUAGCCCAGUUGAAUGCUACCCGAGAGUCGCUUUUCUCUAAACUUGUAGAAAUUGACGACGAUGAGGCACCAACGCCAAAACAAAAGAAAAAUAAAAAAGAGAAAGAAGCCAAGAAAAUAACAAAAGAGAAGGAAGCCGAGACAAAUAAAAAAGAGAAAGAAGUGGAGAAAAUUAUAAAAGAGAAAGAAGCUGAGAUAAAUUUAAAAGAGAAAAAAGAGAAUAAUAAGAAGAAGGCGCAGAAAGAAAGUAAACCAAAAGUGGAAGAGAAGAAAAAGAAGAGCAAGAGCAAACCAGUGAAGAAAAAAGAAGCAAAGGAGCCAAGCGGGGAAGAAAGUGGGGAAAACUUUGCAGAUCUUGAUGUAACUGCAAUUGCCAAAAUGCUUUUAGCUAAGACCAUGAAGGACAUUUAAUUUUUUUUUUCAAAAUCGUGUAAAAA